AUGGCCGCGGGAACAGAAAAUCGGAGAGCGCGUUGGCAUGACGCGCUAACUGCCGCAUACACGAAGGAUAGUUUGUGGAUGGUGACUACGCCGAACAUGACCUUCAUUCCAUCGCCUCCUUUGGGCGUCAUGGAGGUAGUCCUCAGAGCGGACUAUCGGUACGGAUGGGUCGACCCGAUUCAGUGGCCGCAGCUACAUUGCCAGGGAUUCGAGUACCUGUGCGCCGUUCUGCGACCCCUACCGCCCGCCGACACGCUCGGCGCUAUGUGGUGGACACCUCGCGAGAAGGAAGACUUUCAACGCCUCGAAGGGAUCACUAUCAAGUGCCUCGGACUGCUGAACGUCGCACGCGUCCAACCGCUCAGCGACCUGGUGGACGCAAUGUCCGAACGGGUGGAGGAACGACGAGCCAAGGAGCCGAUGUUCUCGGACAGCAGGCUGAUCGGACUAGAGAUGGCGAUGCGACACGCGAGGGAUAGGCUUUUGCAUUUUCCGUGCACGUUCCAGGACGCCGCACUCCAGGUCAGGGAGCUGCAGCGAUACUGGCUGAUGUGCCACGUGUAUCUAGAAUACUAUGGGAAGCACAGGCAGGCGGGCACCCGAGGAAGGGACGUCAACAAUGCCUUGAUGGGGGCAUUCACGACGGACCCCGGCGUAGUGCAGCUCCUAUUUGAAGCUGGCAUUCCCGUCUGGUGGGUGCGUCACGACGUGUCCGCAGCUCGUCAAAUGAACAUAGUAAACCUGAAGAGGUUAGAGGAGCCGAAGAACAUAUGCCUCCAGGACGGGGCGGAGCACGGCGAUGUGAUCCACCGGGGGCUCGUAGGACCGGCCCACCAAGAGGCAAUGGUCCAGGGGGGGAUAUCCCGCCGCGAUGACCCAACAGGAGUACAAGCAGGCACUGGGAUUGCUGCCCGGCCCCUCGACGACAGACCGGACUCGUUCGACAGCUCUCACACGAGCAAGCGGCGGGUCAUCGAAGCGACAAGGCCGCGCUGGGAAUCCUUACCCGCCGACCUGCGAGCAAAUCAAACUCGGGGAUACGAGAAGUUCCAAGAGGUGGAGCACCGAUGGAUGCCACCACCUCUGAGGCCGUGGAGGGCUGCGAUUGAAGGGAUCGACGUCACGCGGCGUGUCGCCUGUCUGAACACGGCCCGCUACCUCUUUACGUGGCUGCGAAUCCGCCCCGCCUGGCUCUACAUCCUGCGCGUCAAACACUCCGAACUGAGCGGCAUCUCGGCCCAGUGGUGGCGAGACUUCCUCUAUGGAGAGACCGGACGAGAACUCAAUUCAACCACCGUGAAUGGGAAACGCGCCCGGCAAAUCCUCCACGUCUUCGGCGAGUACUUCAAGAUGUCGGAGGUGGACGUUGCACCGACGGCCCCGCCGCAUUGGUUUGAGCAUCGGCUCACCCGAAUUCCGGAGUCCGUAUGCGCCGCUAUCGUGUGGGAGCUGUGUGAGCUCGGCUUCCGGAACGAGCUACUGGCUCUAGACAGGCUGCUCGUUCCGAUGCGCGACACGCCUCGGGGCUUGGCCAUGCGAGAGGAUUUGAUCGGCAGAAUGUUCCCCGAUCGUUCUGUGUACUGCGUAGCUAGUCUCCCAAAGGAGGGUAGUGAGGGACUCGCCGCGGCCUUGCCACAACGCCGAGCACCGUACCUCGAGGCCUUCCGAAAGGUACUCUCGAGAUGGCCACGUUGCCCGCGUACAAUCUACGGGACCAUGCCGAUCACGAUAGAUCUGGCGGCGGACCUCAUCGAGGAGCGGGAGAGGGAGUUGUUGAUGUUCUAUGUGCAGUCGUUCUACAACGAAUCGGGACGACCGCCGAUCGUUCCUCGUUCCUUCCCGAAGAUCUGA